CCUCUCCAUCCGAUUCCCACAAAGAUACUCCUGGCCGAUGCAGGGACAAGCGCAUCUCUUUUUCUACGCAAUACCGGGGAAUUGGGUAAGGGGAGAAGUAUUGCUCCCGAGUUAUCGGUUCCGAGCAGGGCUCGCGUGUCACCAGCGGAGAGCUGGCAGGAAGCGAAAAGAGAACGAUGGGUCGCACUCCCGCUGGUGACAGGCGGCAGAGCCAGAAGAGGAAAUCAGAAGGUGUGGGGACAACCACCACAAUCCAGUCCCUCGACCAGGACAUCCUCUGCAUGAUCUUCGCGCUCCUCGACUUCUUCGACCUCGUUCGUUGCUCCGCCGUUUGCAAAUUCUGGAACACAAUUGUCAGUAAAUCUAAAUUACUGCAAGUAUUCUACUCCAAGCAGCAGAGGGAUUCUAUGAAUUUUUUGAAUAAUUCUACAUGCUCAGAGAGAUCAUUGAAGAGAUAUUUAGAGGAGCAGGCCAUGGAGCAUAACAGAUUGUGCUUACAAGAAGGUCAAAUUGAUAUUAAUCAAUGGAAGGGUCAUUCAGUUGGGGUCAAUCAGUGCCGAAUGAAGAUGGGCUUGGUUCUUACUGGUGUUGGUGAUAAGAUAAUGCGUCUCUGGUCGUUAGAAAGCUACAAAUGUGUGGAAGAACAUUCUGUUCCGGACAUGAUCCCAGUAGUGGACUUUGAUUUUGAUGAGAGCAAGAUUGUUGGUUUGGUUGGUACCCGUAUAUGCAUAUGGAGGCGGAAUGGGCAAAGAAGUAUAUUUCCUUCAAGUGAAGGCACCUUUGUAAAGGGUUUAUGCAUGCGCUACUACGAUCCAGAGGCAGUGGUUGGAUGCGAGGAUGGGACAGCUCGUGUAUUUGACAUGUACAGUAAGAAGUGUUCUCGGAUAAUUAGGAUGCAUGCUGGGCCAGUAAAAUGCCUGAGCAUGAGUGAUGAUCAGUUGAUACUUAGUGGUUCCACUCUUGGGAGCAUCACAGUCUCAGGAAUUUUAUCUGAUCAGCGGGUAGCAACACUAAGAUCAACAGACUCAACAGGCAUAAGGAGUUUGUGUCACCACGCUAGCUCGCAUCUAGUGUUUGCUGGAUCAACGGCUGGAUAUACAUCUUGUUGGGACCUUAGGACAAUGAGAUCUGUAUGGGAGACACGUGUGAGUCCCAAUGUUGUAUAUUCUUUACAACACCUGCGAAAUGACGCAUCAACUUUAGUCGUUGGCGGAAUCGAUGGUGUGCUGCGCAUUUUAGAUCAAAAUACAGGUAAAGUUCUUUCAAGCUGCGUUGUGGGAGGUAACAUGCUAUCAAGCUCCCAGAACACAAAUGGAGGCCCUGAAGGAAGAAAAGGAAGAAGGGUUUCAGAAGAUAUCCGCAUUGACACCAUUCCUAGAACUGCUCGACCUCCCAUCACAUGCUUGGCUGUUGGGAUGAAGAAGGUUGUCACCACACAUAAUAGUAGGUACAUCAGAUUGUGGAAAUUCAAUAACUGAAAGACCAGUACUACUGGUUUUAGACAAAUGCUUUAUUGUAUUCUUCCAUUCUUUUCCUAUCCUCCCAUUUUAAAAAUCUACAAUUGGAUUUGUAAUUGGAUCUGUAGGACCCACACGCAGGUCCUAUGUUAGCCCUACAGAUUCAAUGGAUGAUUUUUAAAAUGCGAGGAUGAGAGAACAACCUAAGUGCAUUAAAUGGCAGGUCUCCUGCUUUUAUCCUCA